AUGCCUUGGGCUACGUGGACAAAAAUGACUGCCCUAUUCAACUGGAUAACAGCGCAUAUCAACCCCUGGGCCAGCCCAAACAAGCAACAAAUAACCCACCACGUCCACUCAAUAAUCCACCAACUAAACACCUCCCACUGGAAUAAUGUUAAAAGCCAAUUCAUCUUCCCCCUCCGCUUCCUCCUCCCAGAAUACGUCCUAGAGAAAGGCUGGAACAUAGUAUGCAAAUCCUUCGGACCACUGCAAAGCAUCGGCGACCCCAUAACCAGCACCGGAUGGCUCCUAACAACCGUCAAAGUCCCGCUGAGAUUCCAGCGCGCGGAGUUCGGUAUGCUCCUUCUAAUAACUUCAUGGGGAGGACUUGUAGGACUGCGCUUCUUUUCGUUGAACAAGCUUGGUCUUGGUCCUGGGUGGCAGGCACCCUCUUAUGCAGACGACGCGCAUGAAACCGAGAUCACGCUCGGAGAGGGAAGAUUCAAAGUCGGAGCGACACUUUGCCUUCCAAGCACAAUCCAUGAAGAGCUAGAGUCCAAGUUCCCCUGCAUUAUCUUCCUCGGCGGGUCCGGACCCCUAGAUCGCGACUCAACAGUCGAAGAAAACAAGCCCUUCAAAGACCUUGCAUUGGGUCUAGCGAGUCACGGCAUCGCCUCGAUCCGAUUCGAUAAAGCUACAUUCACGCAUCGAAAGGUAUUUUCAAAACGCAAGGAUAUAACCCUAACAGAUGAAUAUGUCGAGCAUGCCACCGACGCUAUAUCACAAGCCCAGGCGCAUCCGAGGAUCCGCGCAGGUAGCAUCUAUGUCCUGGGUCAUAGUCUCGGCGCGGUUGUUGCUCCUAGAAUUGCCGGUAUGGACGGUGUUUCUGGGUGUAUACUGAUGGCUGGGCCUGCAGAGCCGAUUUACCGGUCUUUUGUGCGGCAGCUGCGGUAUAUAAAGACACUAGACGGGCCGGAGUCAUUGUACCUGGGUAAACAGAUUGAAGAUGCGGAAGUGCGGGCUGAAGUUGCGGAUGGUGAGGACUUGACGAUGGCAACGCCUGCAAAGAAACUCCCGUUUGGGAUUAGAGCUGCCUACUGGCUUGAUUAUCGCCGGUUCGAACCGAUCCGGACUGCUGAGUGUCUUGGGAAGCCGGUUGCUGUGUUUCAAGGGGAGAGGGAUUAUCAGGUUACUGUGGAGGACGAUUAUGGGGUUUGGUGGGAGGCUUUGCGAGGGAAGGAGGGUGUGAAGUUUUACUUGUAUGAAGGGUUGAAUCAUCUUUUUGUUUAUGGGAAUGGGAUGCCAACGCCCUUGGAGUAUGGUGUUCCUGGGAAUGUUGACAAGCGGGUUGUGGAUGAUCUUGCUAGAUGGAUUGGCAAUAAGUAA